AUGAGUAGCUACUACUCGGACUCGGACGAGCUCGACAUCCGAUUCUCAAGGCGUCGAGCUCCGUCUCCUGGGCCUGUUCACUAUGUCGAAGCGAGGCCGAGGCCCAGAAGCUACUACGCCUCAGCCCCUCAGCAAGCUGCCUUCCUGACCCCAGAGCGUACAGUCAUUACUACUCGCACUCGGUCAAGAGAACGUUCCAGUGAGCGUCGUUCUUCUCCCCCAAGCAGCGCGCCUUCGGCACCAGCGCCGGCCCCGCCUCCUGUCAUCAUCAACAACCGCAUCUAUAACGAACACUCAGACGAAGAGGAUGACCGCCACAUGCAGGUCUACCACCCUCGUCACCGUUCUCAUUCGCGCAGCCAUUCUCCCUACUCCCGGUCGCCAUCGUCUUCCUACAUGACUCGAGAGGAAUAUGAGGCGGAAAGGGCUCGGCAGGAGCUUGCCGAGCUGAGGAUCACCCAGGCACGCGAGAAGGAGGAACGCCGAAUCCAAAAGGAGUAUCGCGAAGAGGCCGAGCUCCAGCGUGCAAAGCGUGACCUGGAAGAUAUCCGAAGUCGCGAGGCUCGCACCGCCGAGGAAAAACGCUUCAAGACGCAGAUUGAACUGGAAAAGUACCAGGAGGACAUGCGGCUAGCAGACCUGGCCAAGAAACGAGAGAAGGAGGCCGCUGAUGCCGUGGAGCGUUACAAGAGGAAGGAACAGGAGCGCCUUGCUCAGGAGAAGAAAGAGAAAGAGGAGCGCGAAAAGGAAUUCCAGAGAAGGCUACAGGAAGAACGCCAAAAGGAGCUGGACCGUUUGGCCAAGGAGAAGAGGGAAAAAGAGGAGCGCGAAAAGGAGUACCAAAGACGACUUCGGGAAGAUCUCGUCAAGUCAGGUCUUGAUGAAAAAGCUAUUGCUGCCAUUCUCAAGAAGGAGAAGAUCCCCGAGGCUCACACACACAGGCCGAGCCCGAACUCCACCAACACUGCAUUGGUUGCGGGCAGCCGCCCGACCUACACGCGCAUGGCUAGGAAACAUCUGUCAAUCGAGACGCUGAGAACAUACCAUGUUGAGUGGGAGUUGGAUGUCGUACGCAAAGAUUACUCCACCGUUGCUUUCGGUCAGUACUUGCUAACUCAUGUGGCCCAGGAUCCCGACUACGUACUCAUCAAACGCUGGGUUCCAGAAUGGGAGCAAGACACGCUAUGGAGGCAUACAAGAUCACUCCGCGAGAAGCGCUCAUCUAAGCUAGUGCUCGAGAUCGAGGACAAGAAGUCACACAGGCACGAGCCCGAGUUUGAAUGGGUCAGAAAGAAGAGUGACCGUAAGCGAAGCAAGUCGCCGGCACUCCUCAUGUACCUUGCGGGUGCCAAACCGGCAUGA